AUGUUCCGGAGGCGUUCCCUGUCGGAACCGAAGACGCCCCCCUCGUUGUCCCAGAGCGCGAACACAAAGACACCACAGGAGCAGGAGCGUGAGGACGCGGACAAGGAGCGUCGGCGUAUUGCCGUCACUCGACACAUCCUGCAGCUCUUUCCGCCGGAGAGCCUGUCAUUGCUCGCUUAUCUCUUCGCCUUCUUCACGCAGAUUCCUCUGUGCCCAGAUAACGGUCUCUCGUACGAAGACAUCACACGGAUUUUCGCUCAUCGUCUGCUCGGCGGGCCCAGCAAGAAUGCUGCGAGAUCGCUUAUGAUGUGGUUGCUCAACCGCUGGAAUGCUAUAUCCGAAAAUCCACUCGGCGGCGACGAGAAUGAUAGCGAUGCGCUCCAACCAAAUUUAGUACGACGCAUGAGCUCAGGACGCUUACGGCAUUUGUCUUUGCCACCCCAGUGGAGCGAGGGCAUACUUACACAUGAUGACAGUCUGCAAGUCCCGUCAUAUGCGACACCUUCUGGACGGCCGUAUUCGUCGUCGGUAUCGUCCGACACAUCGUCGAGUACUGCAGAAUCUAUGGAGAGUGAAGACGAGCCCAAGGCGCGGGGCACGUUGGCGUACAAUAUGCAAGACAUGCACGAGAGGAAAGCUGCAUAUGAAGCACACCUCGGCCUUCCAGACGACGACUAUUAUGGGAAAUCUUCUGUUCAGGAGCACGGCUUUGUCACGACGCCUCUUUCCGAUAUGGAUGAACUGUCUGCUCUGAGUGCAGAGCAAACCCCGCACGUCUCGAAUGAUUUCCCGUCGGCUGUCGCCUCGUCGAAUCACAAGCUCUCCUCCGCGUUGCAACGCAUAUCGGAGCUCGAGGCAGAGCUGCAGCGCACGCGAGAUUCACGAACGUCUCUGGAGGACGUGCUUUUGCCCGAUUCCACGACUACGGGCAUGCAUCAGAAGCUUCGAAAUGAACUGUCCGACGAAUCGCCGGAAGGAAUCGAAUACAUGCGACGCGAGACAGCGCAGAAGCAGCUGGAAGUUGCUUCGAACGAGCGAAACGACGCGAAGAAGCUUCUCCAGGUUUCAAGCAGUUGA